UUCCAAAGCUUUCCUAGUAAAAUUUAUCAUCACUUUAAUUCCAACACCUUCUAUUCCUUCUACUUAAAUUUUGAGCCUCUUCAACUAUUCCACUCAAAUGGCUUCAGCAACAGCCAAACCACAAAAAAGACUGAGAGAUUUUCUAAAUGAACAACAAGAGCCUUUCAUCCUAGAGGUAUACCUUUCAGAAAGAGAGUAUUCAAAAAGGUCUAGCAACAGUUCAGAGAAAUCAGCAAGCUUAAACAAGAGGAGAAAGCCUCUGUUACCAUUUUGCAAAGCUCUAACAAUCUUGCACAACAAGCUUGGAUUCAACAGUGAAAGCAAUAUUCUAACAAGGGAACAUGACCAAAGAAAAAGACAUGCAACUGUCUCAGAGCCUGGACUGGUUGAUCAUGUUGUUCAAUUUUCAUCAGCUAGUGGCUCUAUUGAGUUCAAUUCAUGCCCAUGUAUUGGUGAAGGAACUUCCAUAUCCCCUCACAAAGAUCACAACUCAUUUUCUUCUCACAUUUUCCAAACCUCCAAUGCAUGCAAUAAGAAGAGAAGGCAGAGGCAGAGAUGCAUAGAGGGUAACCUUGAAUCACUGGGAAAGAUACCUCUACGAAAUGUUCUCAAUGUGAAUGAGGAUGCUGGGGAAAUGCAACAGAGAAUAAGGAAUUGUCAUGUCAUUCUGCCCAAGAAAAUCACAGAGGACUCACUGUUAUCUGCUGCUGUAUGGAGUUUAGAAGAGCUUCUUCCAGGUCAUGAUGUUUCCCAGAUACUGAAAUCUAAAAGGGCAUUGCAUUUGCAAAAGAUAAAGAAGCAGUUGCUAUUUGAUUGUGUGAGAGAUAUAACAACAAACUUUCCAACAAAAGAGGACAAAAUGAAUGAUGAUUACAAACAAUUCAUGGGGUUAGAGCUUGGGAAGAUCAUUUGCCUGAGAACAGAAGAUUUGAGUAUGGAUUACUUGAAUUCAAUGGUGGAAUGGAGUAAAUUCGAAUCGCAUGUAUAUGAUAUUAGUGUUGAUAUCACUGAUGCAAUUUUGGAAAGAAUUAUAUCUGAGAUGGUUGGAGCUAUAGUACCAAAUAUAUAAAAUUCCUCAUUCAAAUCUUUA